AGAAGAAUUAUAAAACUAAGUCAAAGUUUUCACACCUGAUUCCCCAUCUUUAACAUUUUCUUAACUGUCUACCAUUACCUUUUCCUUCCUUUUGCCCUGGAAAACUAGCUCAAAGCAAGCUUCUUCUAUUUGAAGCAUAUAUGCAAAGCAAACUCCUACAGUCUUAAUCGUCGAAUUAUUCGCCUUUCUACAAUGAAAGGAAACAAAACAGAACUAGAAGCUCAACAUUAUCAUCAACAACAACUGCCACAGCAUGAUCAUCACCACCACAAAGAAGAGGAAGAAGAAACAAGGCGGCGAGGUUGCCGGCCUAUAGCAGCCUUGCUUGGGUUCCCAUUUGCUAUAUCUGCUUUUCUGUUAUCUCUUGCUGCUGGUAUUGUUUGGAUUCUUGGGUCAAUGUUGAGUUAUGUGUGCCCAUGUCUAAGCUGCUGUGCAGAUCUUGCAAAUAAAGCUAUGGACAUUAUAAAGCUUCCUAUUACUGUAUUUAGAUGGUUUGUUGAUAAGAUUCCUUGCUGAUUUGCUUAGUUCAUAGUUUUCAAUUUCAGAUAUCCAGUAUUUGACUUUUGUUUAUUUAAUUAAAUUUAAUUAUAAUUCUUAUUUUAAUUUGUGAAA